UUUUACCCUCAGCACUUGCCGUAGUGGAAGCCAGCGUCAUGGCGCCUGUCAACUGACAAAAACUUUUGACGUUACAAACUUUUAAUGCGGAUAUGUCUUUCACAAUACUGACAGCUUGUUUGAAGGUGCUCCGUCCUGAACCUUUUAAACCAGUGUCGGACAUCAGAUGAGAGGAACAUAAACAGCCGUCGUCACGAUGUGAAUGCUUCUGCGUGCUAACUUUGGCCGGUGCGACGAUGCAUCGCUGGUAGCUAACGGUAGUCAAGCUAGCCACUUUCAACAAGUUAGCUAGCUAGUUAGCUAAACUUAGUUUAAGCGUCGUUUGGUUUCAGAUAUCAUUACGGACAAUAAACCGACUGUAACUCGUUAAAGUGCCUGUUUCUAGGUUUGGUUAGUUAGUCUUUUAUAUCACAAUGUGUCGUUUUCUGCGCUACUGUGUCAGCCACUGCCUCCAUGCAGCGAUGACCCGGCUGGAGGAGGUCAACGGAGAGGUUAGCAUGUGGUCGUCUGUCCGGUGGCUGGGCUACCUGUCAGGUCUCAACCUGCUGAUCGCCCUGUGUCUGGGGCUCUAUGCGCGGUGGGAGAAGACCGCAGAGACUAGUCUUCUUGUCAUUUUCGUUUUGGCUCUAAUCGUCCUCGGAAUAGCAAGUGUAGUGUAUUAUUACUUCAACAUGGAGAGGGUCAGCCUCAGUCUCCUCCACCUGUGGUUCGGGUUUUUGCUAGGACUGCAGUGUUUCCUCAACAGUCCCGCCCUGGAGAGCGAUGUGAAGGAGCAGGCGGCCAACUACCUGCUGCUGGUCAGCGUGACACUGAGGACACUGUGGGCGCUGCUGGAGAGACUGGUUGGAUGUGCCAAGUUCCGUCCUGCCUUCCUCACCUCGGCAGAGCGGCUGGAGCUGGUGGGCUUUGCCACUGCCAGCACGGCUCUGCUCAUCCAGAAGUCUUUGAGUGUGAUGGUGCUGGUGGUGGCGCUGGCCACGGUGAUGAUUGCCCUCCGGAUGAAGGCUCUCCUGGCUCUCGCCAACUUGGUCUGCUUCGCUGUCAUCACCGCUGUGCUGUUCUUCAAGUCUCUGAACAUCACCAUCAACCCUUUCGCCCUCGCCUGCUUCUUCAGCCAGCUCAUCUGCGACCCACUGCUGGAUGUCUACUUCAGUGGCCUCUCCGUGACCGAGCGCUGGCAGCCUUUCCUGGUGUGGCGGGGCCUGUGGCGCCGGCUGUCCCUUCUGCCUCUGCUGGUGGUGGAGGUGACCUUCAUCAUUCUGGCUGCUCAGAAGCUGAAAGACCUGGACCAGUGGUACCUGAUGAUCCCGAGCUUUGUGGUCUGUGCGCUCUUCUGGGCCAUCUGCCACAUGGUGUUUGUCAUCACAGUGUGGGGCUUUCACACCAAACUCAGUGAAUGCCAGAGGGUGUGCUUGUCUCAGGGGUCAGGGGUCAGCGGUCUGGACAAGGUUAUGGCUUCAAAGGGCAUGAGACAUUUCUGCCUCAUCUCUGAGCGCCUGGUGCUCUUCUCGCUGGUGUCAACUGUUGCUGUUGCUGCUCUUUGUUGGCAGGCCUCCAGUAGUAUCUUUGUUAGCAUGUUUCUGCUCGUCCUGCCUCUGGAGUCUCUGUUCCACGGGCUUUUCCAUGAGCUCGGGAACAGUCUGGGAGGAACCUGUGUGGGCUACGCUGUUGUCAUCCCCACCAACUACUGCAGUCCUGACGGUCAGCCUGUGCUGCUGCCUCCAGACCAGGUGCAGGAGCUAAACAAGCGCUCCACAGGCAUGUUGAACAGUGUGCAGCGCUUCUUCGCCCACCACCUGAUUGAGAAUUUUGGCUGCGACUAUUCCACUAGUGGGCUGGCCCUGGAUGCUCUGCAGGUCAAGAUCAAAUCCUUCUUGGAGCUCCGCACGGCAGAUGGGCCUCGCCAUGACACUUACAUCAUCUUCUACAGUGGUCACAGUCACCGCUCUGGAGAGUGGGCGCUGGCAGGAGGAGACACACUUCGCCUGGAUCAGAUCUUGGAGUGGUGGCGGGAGAAGAAUGGCAGCUUCUGCUCGCGCCUCAUCUUGGUGCUUGACUGUGACAACUCGUUGGCGUGGGUGAAGGAGGUGAAGAAGGUGGAGGGUCUGUACGUGGCUGUUCAGGGAGCAACACUUGUCCGAGUGACAGAUGUUGAGCUGCAGGACCCCCCGCAACUCGGAGACUUCACUUCUCAGUGGGUGGAGUAUAAUUGCAACUCAAACAGCGACAUCCGGUGGUCUGAGAGGGGCAGGGCGGUCUCUGCCACCUAUGGCAUCUCCAAACACUGGAGCGACUACACACUGCACCUGCCAACAGGAAGUGAUGUUACCAACCACUGGAGCAUAUACUUCCCUCGAAUGACCUACCCGGUGGUCCAGUUGGCGCUGUGGUGCAGCGGUCUCAACGCGCUGUCGCUCUGCAGCAUCUGCCUGCGAUGUCUGAAGCGAGUCAAACUAAACUGGUUUCCACCAGCGAUACUUGACACUGGCCAAGGCUUCAAACUGGUUAGAUCGUAGAAAGAAAAAAAAAACAAAAGCUAUUUUUAUUUUCAGAUUAUAUUUCUUGGACCCUGAAAAUAGGCAGCUAUUGGAUUGUUAACGUGCCGCUAUCCUGUUCGUUACUGAAAAACUAAUCAAUGUAGUUACUGAUUCGUGCAUUUUGAAAUGUCUUUUUAGAACCAGUUUUAUAUUCUUUGCAAGAUUUUCUAUUAAUGUUUUUAGCUUUGAUUAGAGAUCUUAACAUCCCUGUUGAACAGAUGGAUAAAAUGUGACGGAGCACAUCGACACUAUUUUUGCAUCGUAAAUACUGUUAGAUCUGAUUCCACCUUGACUUUGAGAACAUUCGUGUUGUGCCUUUUACCGUAAAGUCACCAAAGAACAUCCAGCUCGCCUGGCUGAUCUUCUUAACCUUUAACCAAAAUGGCCGUGGUACAUUUUCAGAGGAAGAUCUCAGGUGUACAUCUUUUUUAAGAAGUCUAGAGCAGUUUCUAGAGUUGAAAUUUUUAUGUAGUUCUUGUAAUUUGAUUGUGAAAUGAUUCCUCUCCUCUUCUGUACUACACUAUGCAUUUUACGCUCCACAUAUAUUCAAUGCACUGCUUUGUUGUACCAGCAUUUUGUAAUGCUUUUGGGGGUCAGUUUUAUAAUUACUCUCCAGCUGCUUCAGGGAGUCCAGAAAGUUUUUUUUUUUUAACCGUACUGAUGACUGCACUACACACACAGAUGUGUGCGAACUACAGUAUUUAUGUUAUAAUAAACCUCGGGAAUUAAAUGCAUCACAUGAUGAUAGACAUUUUCUUUCUGGGGUUUAUUGCAGUUUACUGGGCUAUGACGAUUAUUCAGGUGAAGGACGGGUACAACUAUGCAAUAAAGGAGAAGUGGGACUUCACUGCUCAAAUCAUGAAUCGUCAGUGCUCCUCUUUUGGGUAAAAACUGCUAUAAUUAAAUGGGUUUUUUUCAUGUGUCUGACACUGGGAGAAUAACAAAACUUAAAAAGUGAAUAGUGUAUUUGCAUAACACUAUUCUGAUGUUUUCUAAAAUCAUAUUGAAAUGUCUGACAGUAUUUUCAAAUUUAAACUCAUACUUACUUUGAUAAAAACCAAGCGGACUAAAUUCAG